AUGUUUUUGAUUUUAUCAUAAGAAGAUCACCCUCUCUAUGAAAGAAGGUUUCCAUUAAAAAAAACAACAUUAGGUAGUUAGUAACUUCUAAAUGCUUAAUUCAUAUUGCAUGCAUCUUUAGAUGUGUUUGAGGAAAAAUAUAAAUCAUCUAAAGAAUUGUAUUAAAUAUUAGUAAUAUGCAUAGAUUUCUGAAGGAAAUAGAAUAAAAGUAAGAUUAUAGAAUUUUUGGUUAUGUGACACCUUCCAAUAUUAGAUUUUUGAUUUUGACAGAUUAAGAAGAAGAAAAAGUUAAAGGUUUUUGUUAAUUGGCUCAUGAGUAAUUAAUUAAAGUAUUGAUGAAUCCGCUUUAUUAAUUAGGAUCAUCAAUUUCUUCUUCAAAUUUUGAUCAUGUAAUUUAAUAAUUGCUUUAAACAAGAUUAAAUUAAUGA